AUGAAUUGGAAAAAGGCCCAGCAAUUAUUUCAGAGGGAUGCACAAACAAUAACACUUGAAGCGCUAGAGAGUGUGAAAGCUGCGCUUGCAAGUAGUGAGAUUGAGCACAAGGCCGAGACUAAGAAGAAAGCAGUACCUCGUAAGGCAGCAGGGCAGGCAUGGGAGGAUCCUACACUUGCAGAUUGGCCAGAGAAUGAUUCUCGUUUGUUCUGUGGUGAUCUUGGUAAUGAGGUGAAUGAUGAUGUUCUAUCCAAAGCAUUUUCAAGAUUUCCAUCUUUUAACAUGGCCAGGGUGAGUUAUUUGAACUCGUCCACUUUUUAUAUGUCUCAACCUUCUCUUGUUCGAAUUAUCGAAACUUUAAUUUGUCUCCUUGUCGUGGUUGCCUUUGGUGAGCUUAAGGGAUGCUUGGUAUCGAACACUGUUCUGGCUGAUCAUACUGGUGCUUCUACCAUCAUUUUUAUAAAAGAGAGAAAUUUAAGAAUCUCUCAUGCCUCUGAGCUCUUGAAUCUGUGCACUUUUGUGUCUGCAUCCACACUCGUCCCUUUUGUCGUGACAAAUGCCCCUUGUAGUUAG